GCCCCGACCCGUUGGCACCGCUGCUCCUGUCGGACGUGGAAGCGGCAAAAGGAGCCGGUUGGACCCGCUAACGAUACCUGCAGAAUAUUGGACACACAGAUCCAGGAUCACCUUGAAUCAAGGAUUUAUUUGAUAUCCUCCUCUAUCUUUUGUUCAUAUUAACUAAAUUAUUUUUUAAAAGAAUUAACAAAUUUGCCAUAAGAAAAUUUAAGAAAAAUAAUACAACCUGCACUUUUCAAUUCCUAAGAAUAGCAAGAUGAUAAAAAAAGAAUUAGAAGAUGAGGUUAUUGAAUCUGCCAAAGACCUUCUUUCCAAUGAAGAUGCAGCUGAUGAUGCUUUUAAGAAAAGUGAACUAACUGUUGAUGUCCAAAAAGAGAAACAUACAGAUGCUAAAGGACUUAACAUCAAAGAUGAAAGACCAGGUUGGAACAAUAGGCUACAAUACAUCCUGGCCCAAGUUGGAUUUUCUGUAGGUCUAGGAAAUGUGUGGCGAUUCCCAUACCUAUGUCAGAAGAAUGGGGGUGGUGCAUAUCUUUUGCCAUUUUUUAUAUUGCUUGUGAUGAUAGGUAUUCCACUUUUUUUUCUGGAACUUGCUGUGGGGCAAAGAAUUCGGCGAGGAAGCAUCGGUGUGUGGAAUUACAUAAGCCCUAAAUUGGGUGGUAUUGGAUUUGCAAGUUGUGUAGUGAGCUUGUUUGUGGGUCUCUACUACAAUGUCAUCAUUGGCUGGAGUGUGUUUUAUUUUUCUCAGUCUUUUCAGUUUCCUCUACCUUGGGAUCAGUGCCCUUUGGUGAAAAAUGCUACACACACUUUGGUAGAGCCAGAAUGUGAAAAAAGUUCUGCCACCACCUAUUACUGGUACAGAAAAGCAUUGGAUGUUUCCAGCUCCAUUUCUGAAAGUGGGGGCUUAAACUGGAAGAUGACCAUCUGCUUGCUAGUUGCCUGGGCCAUGGUUUGCUUAGCUAUGAUCAAAGGCAUUCAGUCUUCUGUAAAAAUUGUGUAUUUUAGUUCUCUGUCUCCAUAUGUGGUACUUCUAUGUUUCCUAGUCAGAACACUCUUUCUAAAAGGUUCAAUUUAUGGCAUCCGACACAUGUUUACCCCUCAGCUUGAAAAAAUGCUGGAGCCCCAAGCCUGGAGGGAAGCUGCUACUCAGGUGUUCUUCGCCCUUGGUCUGGGAUUUGGUGGUGUCAUCGCCUUUUCAAGCUACAACAAGAGAGACAACAACUGCCAGUUUGAUGCUAUGCUGGUGCCCUUAAUCAAUUUUUUUACUUCUAUCUUGGCCACAUUGGUGGUGUUUGCAGUUCUGGGCUUCAAAGCAAACGUCAUAAAUGAGCAAUGCAUUAAAGAAAAUACUAAAAUGAUUGAAACAUUUUUGAAAAUGGGCAGCAUUUCUCAGGCUAUUAUUCCCCCUCACAUCAACUUUUCAGCUAUUACUGCAGAAGGUUAUCAUGAAGUUUAUGACAUCAUUAAAAGAGUGAAAGGGGAGGAGUUUCCUGCUCUUAAUCUACAAUACUGUCAUGUUGAAGAUGAGCUAAAUAAAGAGAUUCAGGGAGUUGGUUUAGCUUUCAUUGCCUUUACAGAAGCAAUGACACAUUUCCCUCUAGCUCCCUUCUGGUCAGUGUUGUUCUUCCUCAUGCUGAUAAAUCUAGGCCUCAGCAGCAUGUUUGGAAUCAUCGAAGGGAUCAUCACGCCUGUGGUAGACAAUUUCAAAGUGAGGAAAGACUUGGUUACUGUUAUCUGUUGUCUUCUGGCAUUUUGUAUUGGCCUGAUAUUUGUGCAGCGCUCUGGAAAUUACUUUGUUACAAUGUUUGAUGAUUAUUCUGCUACGCUGCCACUUCUAAUUAUAGUCAUUUUUGAGAAUAUUGCUGUAUCCUUUGUCUAUGGCACAGAUAAAUUUAUGGAAGACAUAAGAGAUAUGAUGGGCUUUGCUCCCUACAGAUAUUACUACUAUUUGUGGAAAUAUAGUACUCCUAUAGUGCUAUUAUCACUGCUAAUAACUACUACUGUGAAUAUGAUAUUAAGUCCUCCUGGCUAUGAUGCAUGGAAUAAAGACAAGGCAUCUAAGGAAUUUCUGAAAUUUCCAGCGUGGGCAAUGGUUAUCUGUAUAUCUCUGGUAAUCCUGGCACUACUCCCCAUCCCGACUGUCUUCUUCAUUCGUUGCUGCAACCUUAAGGACAAUAGUUCCGACCCUGGGAAACUGAAGGAUGUUUCAUCCCAACUGUCGCCAGAAGGAAAUCAGGGGUCAGAGACAAAGAUACCUGAAAGCCCAGAUGAGCCGGACAAUAAAAAGAAGAUACCUGUUAUGCACGGAUCAAGGGUAGAACUUACCUGAGAGGAAGCAGUGUCCCGGGGCUGUCUUUGCAAGGACAAUGAUAGAAAGAAGGCCCCGGGAACUCCCUAGUUUUAGAUUCUUUUUACCCACCCUCUAACCUUAUAGAAGCACUGGCUUGAAAUGAAAUGUCAGAGCAGUCUUUUCAAAGUAUUACACCUGCUGCUUUCUCAGAUGGCCAGUCAUCUGAAUAAUAAAAAGCACCACAAAGAUUCAA